UAAAGGAGUGAGGAAAAAAAAAAAGGGGGACAUAUCCAAGCUUCAUGAAAAUCCAACAAAAUUUUUGGAGGGUUUAGGGCAUCGUCUUCUUCUAACCCCCAUUUUACUUUGUGAACUUUCACCAACUUUGUCACUCUGCUAGAAAUUACCAGUACCCAUUUCUUCAAAUCAAUGUUACAAUCCCCCUAAUUUCCAUACUUCCGACCGAAUUUCUCUCUCCUCAAUCGCAAAUUAGGGAUUAGGGUUCUUCAGAUCUUACAAUUUGAUAUCAUAAAAUGAGUUUAUUUUUGAGAUUAAGGCAACAAAUCCCAACUGGGUUAAUUCCAAAACCCUACAUUUCAUCCCUAAUUUCUUCAAAAAACCUUAAUUCUACUUGGGUUUAUCGCACUUAUGCUCAACCUGCAUUACAAGAAGAGGAAUUUGAAGAAGUUGAAAUUGAUCCCAGAAAACUCCCAGCAGAUUAUGACCCUUCAAAAUUUGAUCCAACAUCUCACCGUAGUCCACCAAGUGAUCGUGUUUUUAGGCUAGUUGAUGAGGUUUCUUCUCUCACAUUGGUAGAAGCAGCUGAAUUGGGGACAAUUUUGAUGAAGAAAAUGGGGAUGAAAGAAGAUGAAGUUCCUGUUAUUGGGGUGUUGAAUCCUAGGGCAGCUGCCGGGUUAGCUCAAGUGGCGGCGAAUUCGCCUGCUGGGGAUGCUCAAGAGGAGAAGAAGGAAGAGAAGUCUGUGUUUGAAUUGAAAUUGGAAUCAUUCGAAGCGGCUUCGAAGAUUAAGGUUAUUAAGGAGAUUAGGGCAUUUACUGAAUUUGGAUUGAAGGAAGCUAAGGACUUAGUGGAGAAGACGCCGUCGAUUUUUAAGAAGGGUGUGCCUAAGGAGGAAGCUGAGCAGAUUAUCGAGAAGAUGAAAGCUGUUGGAGCUAAAGUGAUCAUGGAAUGAGGAUGAAUUAGUUGAGUGCAAUGACAGAAGGUAGUCUUUUCGAAUUAGAUAAUUUUUUUCGACUUUGAUCGAGUUAAUGGAGUUACUGCUGUACUGCUAUUUUUGUUUACUGCAUCUUGGUUGUUUGAAUGAAAGCUAUAAAUUUGGCCGGGAAAAUGAAAUUUGCCUAAUGUACAAUGUAGAUGUUUAAUAUUGUAGCCUGAUGUUUUUGCCUUGUUUGGUAUGUUAUAAACAGAGGUUCUGCAAAGUUUAUGUUUCUUUGACAACCUUUCAAUAAUGAUCAGGCUUAUAGUUUCUACAGCUUUCAGAAUAUGCUCAAGUUGCAAAUAUUCUGAUUAUGUAAAUCAUUCAAGUGAUGAUUGAUGUUCAUCGUGUUUUCGAA